AUGAGGCACGGAAGCCACCCGUCGUUCCAACCACUUCCUUACGAAAAACAAGCCAACCAUGGCUCUGUAUUCGGACCCCCACCACUCCGGCCCUUUGACCAGGACAAGCCCACGCUUCUCGUCUGCUGGUGGAUCACCAUUUUCUGCGCCGUCAUCAUCGUGGCCCGCGUGCUCGGCCGCUUCCUUCGUACCGAGAAGCUCUUCCGCGAGGACAAGACGGCUGCCCUCGCCCUCAUCCCGCUCUUCCUGCGCAUGGGAUGCGUUCACUACGUCCUCCUACACGGCACCAACAAUGCCGACUUUACCGGUGUCGACCGCGUGCUCUACGCCUCAACGCUUUGCAUAUUCAAAAUCACCAUCGUCGAGUUCUUCAAGCGCCUCACAGAUGUAACAUGGGAGCGCUCCUAUCGCCGGGCUCUAAAUUAUAUCUGGGGCGCCAUCAUCCUCACCUUUAUCGCCGUCGUCAUCAGCGACCUUGCCGAGUGCCGCCCGUUCCCUCACUACUGGCAGGUCCUACCAGACCCUGGACCCCAAUGCCGCCAGGGCUACGCGCAGCUCUUGACCUUUGCCGUGUGCAAUGUCCUCACGGAUUUGCUGCUCGUGUUCUUCCCCAUUCCCAUCAUCCUUCGGAGUGCCAUGCCCGCCAAACGCAAGAUUCAACUUGUGCUACUCUUCUCACUUAAUCUAUCAGUCGUGGCGACCACCGUUUACCGCGUGCCGCACAUCAUCGAGAAGCACGGCAGCCAACAGUAUCGAUCGCUCCUCGCAUCCGUAGAGCUUCUCUUCGCCACGUCCGCCGCAAACGCCCUCGUACUCGGCUCAUUUGUGCGCGACCGUGGCGUCAAGAAGCAGAAAUGGCGCUACGACUCGGAAGACGUCGAGUCCACCGAAUACGGCCGCCGCCGCUCGUCCGACCGCUCCUCUCACCCUCGCCGCCCAACUCUCCAGCGUCACUGGGGCAGCGACGAAGAUCUCGUGCGCGAAUUAGGGCUGGGCGUGAAACCGGAGCUUCGCAAUUUCCCCGAUCUGCCCCCGCUCUCGUCCGAGGUUAGCCCCCAGUUCUCUCCCGCGCCCCUCGCGAAGCGCCCUUUAGAAAAUUUGGGCAUGGACGACUGGCGGUUCCCGACAGACGGGAGCGGAGCACAUAGAGACGGGAGGAGUGACGAUCCUCUAGCGGUGCUUUCGGAGCAACAGGAACCGCCUACGCACGCUGCCUCGCCCUCCUCUGCCAACACGUCCCGCCGACCUUCGCUCGCGACCUCGAAACAAACACUUGCGUUCUUUGAUGUCGGUGGCUUGCUCGACGACGACCCGCCUCAUGGGGGUGUAUCGGCGAAUGGCCGUCGCGAUUGGUCCAACGCCGGCGCCACUUCGAGAGCGUUGCGCGACCGUCAGAGGCAGCUCUCAGAGCCCUCGGCACUCGCAGUUUCCGGCCGGCGUGGAUCCGCCGCCCUUCUCCAGGACCUCGGAGGCCUCUUCUCUCUCCCCUCUCAGUCGAGCAUCUCGAGAAGCCUAACUGGAUCAACUACGGUCCAGGCCCAACCUCGAAACCGGUCCGAUGCUGCCACGGCGGCCUAA